AGCAAAAACAAAAAAACCCUAAAACAUGACCUUUGAAGCCUGGCAGAUCGCGUGUGGGAUCUAAGUUCAUCCAUUCACUGGCUGAGUGUCUUGGUAGAAGAAAUUAUUCUCUUAGCCUUCUCAUUUGGGAAAAAUUAAAUGUUUGAAAAAUUUUUGUGAGGACUAAAUAAUAUGCAUUUUCCACCCAAAAACAUUUUCCUAUUUUUUUAACCUUUUAUGUUCUCAGUAAAAUUGAUUUUUAAAAAUAAAGGUUUGGGAUUCCUCUUGUUAAGUUUUGCUCUGAGUUUAUUGGUGUCUUUUGCUUGUUUUGCUCUUCAUUUAGCUUGGUGUUGGUGAGGACAGGCUCUGGUGUCCUAGGAUAAGUUAGUUAUUCUUUCAAAAGCUGUUUCUUCAGAAUUAAAAGCCUCAUGGUAUGGUGUGGACUAAAAAGUACAUAUGUAUACGCCACUUACCCAGUGAGCAUUUACCUUUGCCUCCUAAGAGGGAGCCCAGGUGAUGGCAGCCAUACCUCUGAAAGCUCAAUGCCAGGACCUUCCCUCAACCCCCUACCUGUCUUCUCUGCCCCAUACUCUGGCCCAGAGCCAGAGGAUUGGCUCUGGGGUAGCUCUGUUGUUUUAGGAGAUGGUGACCUUUGAGGAUGUGGCUGUGCACUUCACUAAGACAGAAUGGACUGGUCUUUCUCCUGCCCAGAGGGCCCUGUACAGAAGUGUGAUGUUGGAGAAUUAUGGGAACCUGACUGCUAUGGGGUACCCAGUUCCCAAACCUGCACUGAUCUCGCUCCUGGAGGGAGGGGACAUGGCUUGGGACCUGGAAGCACAGGAUGAUCCCCUGGCAGAGGGGACCAAAAACAUCUGUAAAGAUGCUGAGACCAACACUGACGGUGAAUCCGCAUUAACUCAGAAAAUUUCUGAAGAAAGAGAUGGGAUGAUGUCACAUACGCAGCUGAGGAGUGUCCCUCAGAGAACCAACUUCCCAGAAACAUGUGAUGUGGAGAAGUACCAGGACAUCCCCACAGUAAAAAACAUCCGAGGAAAGGUUCCAGGAAUCCACUGUGCAAGGAAGCCCUUCAUAUGUGAGGAGUGUGGGAAAUCCUUCAGCUAUUUUUCUUACUAUCUUAGACACCAUAGAAUCCAUACUAGGGAGAAACCCUUUGUGUGCAAUGAGUGUGGAAAAGCCUUUAAUGGCAAUUCUUCAUUAAUGCGGCACCAGAGGAUUCACACUGGAGAGAAACCCUAUCAGUGUGAGGAGUGUGGGCGAGACUUUAAUGAUAAUGCAAAUCUGAUCAGGCAUCAGAGAAUCCACAGUGGGGACAGACCCUAUUACUGCAUAGAGUGUGGAAAUAGUUUUACCAGUAGUUCCGAGUUUGUUAUACAUCAUAGAAUCCACACUGGGGAGAAACCCUAUGAGUGUAAUGAGUGUGGCAAAACUUUUGUUGGUAAUUCACCCCUACUUCGGCAUCAGAAAAUCCACACUGGAAAGAAACCCUAUGAGUGUAAUGAGUGUGGCAAAAGUUUUGGAAGGACUUCCCAUCUAAGCCAACAUCAGCGUAUUCACACAGGGGAAAAGCCUCAUUCUUGUAAAGUAUGUGGACAAGCCUUCAGUUGUCAUACAAAACUAACUCGGCACCAGAGAAUUCACAGUGAGGAGAAGUCCUUUGACUGUGUAGAUUGUGGAAAAGCCUUCAGUGCUCAGGGACAAUUAAAAAGGCAUCUGAGAAUUCAUAUUCAGGAAUCUUCCUCUGUAUGUGAUGAGUGUGGAAAAGCCUUCACUAGCAAAAGAAAUCUUCAUCAACAUCAAAGAAUCCAUACUGGAGAGAAACCCUAUGGGUGUAGCAAGUAUGAGAAGGCCUUUAGGACUUCUUCCCAGCUAGGUUAUCUUGAGCACGUGCACUCUGGAGAGAAGCCUGUGCUGGAUAUUUGUCGUUUUGCCCUCCCGGAAUUUUUUACCCCCUUUUACUGGUAAUAGUACACUCCAGUGAAAUGUACUGAGUGAAUUCUGUCUUCUACUCAGGAAUGGAAUGUGUGACACAGGCCUGGCUCAGCCUCUGAUUUAUCCCUCAAGCCACAGUUACUGAUUCAGAUGUUAGUAUAUGACCAAAGAUGGUCUAAUUAGAGUUCCAGGAUUGCAAGAGCUAAUAGGAAGAAAUGCUCUCCUUCUCCACCCCAACUGGUUUUAACGCUGAGAAGAACUAGAUUCUCACAGAGGCUGAGAAUGAAGUCAACACACUAAAAAAGGCAUCUGAGAAUUGGAGAGCAGUUUAAGACUGAAGAUAGUGUUUGAACAGCCACAUCAGACCAUGUCUGAACCUAAAAAUACAAAUGGGUUUUUGAAUUGCAGUAGCCAUUAAAUUCCAUUUUUGUUUUUGGCUUUGGCACAUU